AUGGCUGAUUUGGGAACCUUAGUAAUCUUUCUUUCAAGCUCUCUGUGCUUGUUCCUUAUAUUUACUCUAAUCAAGUUCUUUCACAAAUUUGUUACUAACUCAGAAUUUGUUAAAAAGAUACUGAACGACAGAGAUGGAGCUUAUAAGAAAAUGGACAUUGAAGGCUAUUUGAAGAAGCUACUAGGAGCUGGUGUUCUGGUAGCAGAAGGUGAAAAAUGGACAAUAGUACGGAAACUGGCCAAUCAUGCUUUCCAUGCAGAUCAACUGAAGAAUAUGAUUCUGGAAAUGAUUUCAAGUACGGAGAUGAUGCUAGAAAGGUGGAAACAAUAUGAAGGAAAAGAGGUGGAUGUGUAUGAAGAGUUCAAGUUGUAUAUCAUAAAUGGCAGAAAUGCUUUCAAGAUUCGGCUUCCUGGCUUCAGUAAAUUCUUAAGAAUUGCUGAUGAUUUAGAGUCAGAUAAACUAGAACAAGGAAUAAGAGAUUCCAUUAUAAGGAUUAUAAAGCAAAGAGAGAAGACAACAACUGGAGAAGUAAAUAAUUUCGGGACUGAUUUACUUGGAUUACUUGUGAAGGCAAAUCAUCAUGCUGACGAGAACUAUAGGAUAACAGUAGAAGAUGUGGUCGAGAAAUGCAAUGAGAAUGCAGUUGAGAAAUUCUGA